AUUUCGGUUUGGUGCUGUCUUUGUCUUUGGUUUGGUAUUUGGGAGUUUUGCUCCGGGAACCUACAAAAUUGAAGAACGACAUUUGGUCGAUUAUUUGUGAAUUACGAAUAAACUUGGUACCUGAUUUGGAGUUUUGGUUCUUUUGCCUACUUGGGUUCGUAAUUUGCAAGUAGAUCGAUAGUCCGUACUUCAAUAACUGGAACGAGCAAAACUUGGACGUAACAUAAGGUUCUUCAAUUAUUGGUUCUGUGUUCAUACCUUGGAUUUUCUGGAUAUUUUGGGUCCAAAUUUCUGGUCUUAUUGGUCGAUUUCGUUUGGAUUAAUUCGGAUUUGUUUUGGUAAUUGAUUAUUUGGAACAACAAAUACGAUGGAAACACGGAGCAAAAGGCUGAAGGAAAAUGACGAAAUGGAUGGUAAAAUUCCUAAAGCUGUUUGUGGUAUGUCUGAUGUUAAUGAUGAUAAAUGUGAUGAUGUUAGUCUUAAUAGUAUGUCCUCUAGCCAGCUAAGUGCUUCUAGAUUAAAAUUAGAUAAAGCAUUACUGAGGAAAAGGAAUUUAGAGAAGAGACUUGAAUUAGAACGGCAACUUAAGAUGUUAGAUCUACAAGAAGAGGUUGAUAUCGCUGAACUAGAAUGCAAGGCCUUCGAGGACGAUGAACGAUUACCCGUAGAUAAAUGUGGGAUAAAUGCUAAAGUGGAAAAUUAUUUGGAUUGUGAUACUGGGUGUAAUAAUCACUCAGGGGAGGUAUGUAACAUCUCAAAUGUCGAUUGGGUUGGCGAGCUGAAAGACACGAUACAUACAAUGGUUAGUAACAUGGUUUUACCUAAGAUCGAUAUGAUUUUCUUUGAUGGGCAGCCGGGUCAGUAUUACCGUUUCAUUAGUCAGUUUAAUAGCCUUAUAGAGAGUAAGCUGUCAGAUAAGGGCCAAUUGUUGUCGUAUUUGUUAUAUUAUUGCAGGGGAAAAGCCAGAACAGCAAUUGAAUCUUGCGUUUCUUUGCCCAGUGAUUUGGGCUAUGAUAGGGCUAAACGAAUUUUGUAUGAUUUAUUUGGUAAAGAACAUCUUGUUGCACGAGAACUAAUUAUUGAGUUAUUAAACCAUAAACCUGUCGGAGGAUCGGCUGACGUAUUAACUGACUUUGCGAUUAAGUUGCGUAAUGUAUGUAUAACGUUGAAGCAAAUGGGAUAUAUGUCUGACGUUAAUUCUACGGCUAAUUUGGAGGUAAUAGUUUCUUGCCUACCACUAGAAUUGCAGAAUAAGUGGGUGGAAGUCGCCGAUAAAAUCAUGAUGCAUGGGAAGGAGCCGAGCUUUGAAGAAUUUGUGGUCUUUGUAGAAGAGAGGGCCAGAAUUGCCCGAACCCGUUAUGGUAGAUUAGUACAGUGUAACUCAAGGUUCGGUAGAAGGAAUUCUGAAGGCCAAGCUGAUAGGAGAUCACACUUUCAUGCAAUUAGACGAGACCCAAAUAGCUCAGUCAAGGUAUCACGUUGUGAAAUCUGCGAAGGUGAUCAUGAGGUGACAAAUUGUCCAAGGUUAGCAAAAAUGAAUGUAAGAGAAAGGAGGCAGGAGGUAAGAAAAUGUGGUCUAUGUUACUUAUGUUUGAGGAAAGGUCACAUAGCUAUGACAUGCAACUCAGGCAUCAAGUGCGACGUUGAGAAUUGCAAGGUUAGGCAUAAUUCAUUAUUGCAUAUUGAUAGUGUUGAUAACCAUGUGGUGAACCUAGCUAAGGAUUGGAACUCUUCAAAGGUUUGUUUGGGGAUCGUUCCAGUCAGACUAUACGGUCCCAAAGGAUGUUUGGAAACAUAUGCACUUCUAGAUAGUGGUUCGGACACUUCUCUUGUAUGUGAAGAAUUAAUUAAUCAGUUGGGUAUCAAAGGUAAAGAGACUUCGAUAAGGGUGGCGACUGUGAACGGAACUACCAAUUGUGAUUGUUUGGAGGUAAAUUUAGAGGUAUUUUCAUUAGAUGAACAGGGUUCUAUAAAGAUCAACAAGGUUUACACGACCAAAAAACUUCCAAUCGAUCAUGCAACACCUUUAACCGAACUCCAACUGAAACGGUGGAAUCAUCUAAAGGACAUAACCCUCCCGAGGUUGCAAAGUAAUUUUGUAGGAAUAUUGAUUGGGUGUGAUGCUCCGGAUGCACAUUGGGUCCUGGAACAACGUCUGGGGGACAGGAAGCAUCCGUUUGCUGUGCGUACUCAUCUUGGUUGGAUGAUUAUAGGUCCUAGGGCAGUAUCAAGGUCUCUACAUCAAGUUCAGUUGUGUCAUUGUUCCACUAAUGAUAUUUUGCGGGAUUUAGAAAGAUUAUAUGAUCAUGAAUUCGAGGAUACAAAUAAGUUUUGUAAUGAAUAUCCUGUCGAAGAUAAAAAUGCUCUGGAAAUAGCUAGCAGUUCGUUUAGAUUGGAUGGUGGUCAUUUCCAAGUUGGUCUACCAUGGAAGUAUGAUAAGCCAAGACUACCGAAUAAUUUGGAACUGGCUGAACGCAGACUAGAAUGCUUAAGGAAGAGGUUUAUGAAAGAUAACAGUCUUUUGGAGAAAUAUCAAGUUGUGAUGAACAAACAUUUAAGAAAGGGUUACAUCAUUGAAGCUAGUGAAGAGGGAUUUGACUAUGAUGCUGUUUGUUGGUAUACUCCUCAUCAUCCUGUUAUCAACCCUAAAAGGCCUGGAAAAUUGAGAAUUGCAUUUGAUUGUGCGGCUGUCUAUCAAGGUUGUUCUCUUAAUGACCAGCUUUUGAGAGGACCGAAUACUGUAAAUAGUUUAAUUGGUGUACUUCUACGAUUCAGAUUAGGUAACGUAGCAUUAGCUGCUGAUAUCGAAGAGAUGUUUCUUCAAGUAAAGAUUCCGAGACGGGACAGGGGUGCAUUUCGUCUAUUGUGGUGGGAAGACGGUGAUAUACGACGAACGGCUAAGGCAAGAGUAGCCCCCUCGAAGGUCCAAACUAUACCGCGCUUGGAACUUACAGCAGCAGUUUUGACAGCUCGCAUGGGAUCCCAGCUACAGUCAGAAUUAGAUAUUAAGUUUGCAGAGGUUAAUUUUUGGACGGAUUCUAUGAUUGUCUUACACUAUAUUAGAAAUGAGAAAAGCCAGUUUAAAACAUUCAUAACAAAUCGAAUUUCGACUAUUCAGAGUCUUACUAAGGUGGACCAAUCGAGAUUCGUACCUUCUAAAGAAAACAUAUCAGACUUUGCAUUCAGAGGGGUCAAGUUUGACAUUGAUGAUGUCAAGGUAUGGGAGGAGGGUCCACGUUUUCUCAAGAAGCCGAAGGAGUGUUGGCCUGCCGAUGAUGUACAAGGUCCUGACCCUCAUCUAUUGGAAAUAAGGAAAGCAAUGUCGGCGCAUGUAAUGGAUGAAAAAUCCACUGUUGAUCAACUUAUUAAUUAUUAUUCAGAUUGGACUAGAUUACUUAAGGCUGCUGCGUGGUUAACCCGAUUUAAGCGAUAUUUACUGGUAAUGCGUUCUGGUAGAACUGAUCUGUCUCUACAGGUGGGUGUGCUUAGAUUUGAUGAGUUAAAUUUCGCUUGUUUAGAUUUAAUCCUAUAUGUCCAACGCAUAGUAUUUCGGAAAGAGAUUGAAAUGUUAUCGUCUGAUACCAUUAGCAAGGUGAAGAAAACGAAGUCACCGUUACGAGCUUUAAAUCCAAUGAUGAUUGGGAGAAGGGCUUUAUGUUCUGCGGACUCAAAUAGUUGUUUGUGUGUGAAUAUACAAUGGUGCCUGAAGCCAUGUGUUAUGGUUAUUCAUUUUCUAAAAGAACUAGAAGGGUCCAACAAUGUUACGAUUUGGAAUCAGAAUAAAGAAUUUGCGGUAAAUAAAGGAAUUAAUGCAUCGGUCCUCUAUAUGUGUUUAUAUAUUCAUGUUUGCGUUAGCGUAUAUGAGCUUUUAUGGAGGAUGAAGCAUUUGGUUAGAUGGUUGAUAUUGCGGUUGUUUAUGUUGGCGCAAAGGUUUUGGAAACUUUUGUCUAAGGAAUAUGUUUCAUUGUUGCAACUUAGACACAAAUGGACUCAACCAGAAAUGAACAUAGGAGAGAGUAACUUGGUGACGACAUGUACUGGGUUUUCAGAGAAAGACAAAUGGUUAUUAGGUCUGGUAAGGAAAGUGAUACCUAAUAGUGAUAGGUUAAGACCGAUGGAGUUGCGGACAAGCGUAGGGAUCUUGGUAAGAGAUAUUAGAAAACUGCGUCUAGAAGUUGUAGAUAUUAGGUAGCUACUCGGAUCCCUAGGCGUACUGGUGUAAGUCCUAGGGAUCACGAGAUUGUUGGUAUAUUGAGUGUCUGUUGUUGAUUGCUUGUGAUGCAUAUACUUGGAUUCUUGUAGUUUAUUUAUUUGUCUGUGAAAAGAACCAAGGUUCUUUUGGUCGGGAGUGUUACGGGAGAACUGAAGACUUUUGACGGAUUGAAACCUUUUAUUGUACAUUAAUAAUUUACUGUUUUUUGGAUGUAAUUGUUUUACUUAACUUUUGAGCUUGUUUGUUUAUAUCAUUAUUUCGGUUUGGUGCUGUCUUUGUCUUUGGUUUGGUAUUUGGGAGUUUUGCUCCGGGAACCUACAAAAUUGAAGGUUUGUUUUGUAAUUGUUAUAAUUAUUGUUGUUAGAACGACAUUUGGUCGAUUAUUUGUGAAUUACGAAUAAACUUGGUACCUG